AUGAAGGCUUACGACAGCUUUAUCAAUCCUUCCAAGCUCGACAACUUUGAAGAGGGGAUAUUUUCACACAAUCAAGAUGUUGAUGCUCCUCUCACCUCAAGAGAGGAUGCCUUUACCAACACCCUGUUCAACUUUGACUUAUGGGAGUUGGAUGCUCAGAAAUCCAUCGAUAUGAGCAACAAAAUCGAAAUCGUCAAUGUUGAAAAUGACCCCGAGGAAACCAACUGGGAUCCACAAGAUCUGUGA